AUGACGUCAGGGUGUGUGGGGGAGGAGAACUGGGUGGACAGCCGGACAGUGUACAUCGGACAUAAAGAACCCCCUCCGGGAGCUGAGGCCUACAUCCCUCAGCGUUACCCCGACAACCGCAUUGUCUCCUCCAAGUACACCUUCUGGAACUUCAUCCCCAAGAACCUGUUUGAGCAGUUCAGAAGAAUCGCUAACUUCUACUUCUUGGUCAUAUUUCUGGUCCAGCUUAUCAUCGACACCCCCACCAGCCCAGUCACCAGCGGCCUGCCCCUCUUCUUUGUUAUCACUGUCACCGCCAUAAAACAGGGCUAUGAGGACUGGCUCAGACACAAAGCUGACUGCUCUAUAAACGAGUGUCCGGUGGACAUGGUGCAGCAGGGGAAGGUGGUGAGGACGCAGAGUCACAAGCUACGGGUGGGGGACAUUGUUGUGGUGAGGGAGGACGAGACUUUCCCUUGUGACCUCAUCCUUCUCUCUGCCAGUCGUCAGGAUGGGACCUGCUUCGUCACCACCACCAGCCUGGACGGGGAGUCCAGUCACAAGACCUAUUAUGCCGUACCAGAUACCAUGGCCUUUAGAACGGAGCAGGAGGUGGAUUCGCUACAUGCCACCAUUGAAUGUGAACAACCACAGCCUGACCUCUACAAAUUUGUGGGACGCAUCAAUAUUUACAAGGACAAUGAAGAGCCCGUGGCUCGACCGCUCGGAGCUGAGAACUUGCUCCUUAGAGGAGCAACACUGAAGAACACGCAACACAUUUAUGCUGUUGCAGUCUACACCGGCAUGGAGACGAAGAUGGCGCUUAAUUACCAGUCUAAAUCUCAAAAGCGCUCCGCUGUAGAAAAGUCGAUGAAUGCCUUCCUGAUAGUGUAUCUGUGCAUCUUGAUCAGUAAAGCGGUGAUCAACACUGUUUUGAAAUAUGCGUGGCAGUGGUCUCCCGACCGAGAUGAGCCCUGGUACAACCACAGGACGGAGAACGAGCGGCAGCGGCACGUGGUGAUCCGAGCGUUAACAGACUUCCUGGCUUUCAUGGUCUUGUUUAACUACAUUAUCCCGGUCUCCAUGUACGUGACGGUGGAGAUGCAGAAAUUCCUCGGCUCCUACUUCAUCACGUGGGAUGAGGAGAUGUUCGAUGACGAGCUGGGGGAGGGAGCUCAGGUCAACACCUCUGACCUGAACGAAGAGCUGGGACAGGUGGAGUAUGUGUUCACUGAUAAGACCGGCACUCUGACUGAGAACAACAUGGAGUUCAUUGAAUGCUGUGUUGAUGGGAACGUCUACAUCCCGCACGCCAUCUGCAAUGGACAAAUCCUCAGCGCUGCGUCCAGUAUAGACAUGAUUGAUUCCUCACCUGGAGGAUACAGGAGAGAACACGAGGAUCUGUUUUUCCGGGCGCUGUGUCUGUGCCACACGGUCCAGGUGAAGGAGGAGGAGACGGUGGAUGGCAUCAAGAGAGGCAUUCACCAGGGCAAGCCCACCUCCUUCUACAUCUCCUCCUCACCGGAUGAGGUGGCUCUGGUGGAGGGAAUGAAGAGGCUGGGUUACACCUAUCUAAGACUGAAAGACAGCUACAUGGAGAUCCUCAACAAAGAUGACGAGAUUGAAAGGUUUCAGCUGCUCCAUGUCCUGAACUUCGACUCUGUCAGAAGGAGAAUGAGCGUCAUCGUCAAGUCAAGCUCAGGAGAAUACCUGCUCUUCUGUAAGGGUGCAGACUCGUCCAUUUUUCCCCGGGUGGUGUCUGGGAAGGUGGAGCAAGUGAAAGCUCGGGUGGAGCAGAACGCUGUGGAGGGGCUGCGGACUCUGUGCGUCGCCUACCGAAGGCUGUCAGAGUCAGAAUACGAGGAGGCGUGUCAUCACCUGAACGAAGCCAAGCUGGCCCUGCAGGACAGGGAGCAGAGGCUGGCGCAGGCAUACGACAUCAUCGAAAGGGACUUUGUGCUUCUGGGUGCUACAGCAGUGGAGGACAGGCUCCAGGAGAAAGCUGCAGAUACCAUCGAGUCCCUGCACAAGGCCGGCAUGAAGGUUUGGGUCCUGACUGGAGACAAGAUGGAGACGGCGGCGGCUACCUGCUACGCCAGUAAACUGUUUCGUCGGAGCACGCAGAUCCUGGAGCUGACAAAGAAACGCACAGAGGAGCAGAGUCUGCAUGACGUUCUGUUCGAGCUGAACAGGACCGUCCUCAGACAACGCUCCAUUUCUGGGUUGUCAGUCGACUGCAUCGACUUUGGUCUGAUCAUCGACGGGGCCACUCUGUCUGCGGUUUUAAAGCCUAAACCGGAGAGCGCUGGCCACGGCAACUACAGAGAGAUCUUUCUGGAGAUCUGUCGCAACUGUAGCGCCGUGCUCUGCUGUCGCAUGGCACCGCUGCAGAAAGCACAGAUUGUGAAGCUAAUAAAAGCUUCCAAGGAGCAUCCCAUAACCCUCGCCAUCGGAGACGGAGCCAACGAUGUCAGCAUGAUCCUGGAAGCACAUGUGGGCAUUGGCAUCAUGGGUAAAGAGGGCCGACAGGCAGCACGGAACAGUGACUAUGCCAUCCCGAAAUUUAAACACCUAAAGAAGAUGUUACUGGUCCAUGGUCACUACUACUACAUUCGAAUUGCUGAGCUAGUUCAGUACUUCUUCUACAAGAACGUUUGCUUCAUCUUCCCUCAGUUCCUGUAUCAGUUCUUCUGUGGCUUCUCCCAACAGCCCCUGUACGACACCGCCUAUUUAACUUUGUACAACAUCAGCUUCACCUCCCUCCCAAUCCUCCUCUACAGCCUGGUUGAGCAGCACGUCACCAUGGAGACACUCAAGAGGGAGCCCUCCUUGUACAGGGACAUAGCCAAGAACUCCCUCCUCCGCUGGCCUGUCUUCCUGUACUGGACGUGCCUGGGUGUGUUCGACGCCGUUAUCUUCUUCUUUGGUGCCUACUUCCUGUUUGACAACACCACCUUCACCAGCAACGGCCAGCUUAUGACCACCAACACACAGAUGAUGUUUGGGAACUGGACCUUCGGGACUCUUGUCUUCACUGUGCUGGUGUUCACCGUUACACUCAAGCUUGCCUUGGACACACACCACUGGACGUGGAUCAAUCACUUUGUCAUCUGGGGGUCGCUACUUUUCUACGUUAUUUUCUCUCUUCUCUGGGGAGGCAUCAUUUGGCCGUUCCUGAACUACCAGAGGAUGUACUACGUUUUCAUGCAGAUGUUGUCCAGUGGUCCAGCGUGGCUCAGUAUCAUCCUACUCAUCACGGUCAGCUUGUUGCCAGAUGUCAUCAAGAAGGUCCUCUGCAGGGCCAUGUGUCCCUCAGCCACCGAACGUGCACAGGGGCAAGAGAGGCUUUCGCUGGGCGGCGUGGCCGAGUCGACUCCACACUCCUCCCGUCGAUCCUACAAAGGCACGAGCAUGGACUCCUCUCACCUCCACCUUGGUGCUGCGGAGACGCUGUCGCUACACACGUCCGAUCCCCUGCCCCAGAAACUACUGGCCCACUUGGCAGAAGGGGGCCGGGCAGACUUGUGCUCCCUCAGCCCCUACAUGCUACGUCUCUCAGGGGCGGGAUUCGCCUUCUGCGCUCCAGGGCCCGAGACCUCUGUGUGAACAGGAAUGCAAACUCCGAAGUCAGAAUCUUAUGGGCUAAAACAUGCAGCGUGUAGCACAUGCAACCAAGAUCUGCUCUUCAGGAUCAAGGAUUUAUAGAACAUGUUCACGUGCAUCAGAAGCAUGGACGCUCCAUGCUGAGUUCACCAUGUGCAUUUACGGGGAUGCACCUGAGUGAACAACCCUUUAGAUAUUCUCCUCCUGACUCCUCAUCCUUUUCGUUUCCCUGUCCCUGUCUUAGUCUCAUCAAAGUCCCUGCUCAAACUCUUACUUGAAUAAGUCUAAGAACAGAAGGGGAACCACGUGCGAAUGUGCAUCGUUUCUUGCACUAUGUAACUGUCCUGUUUCCGCAUGUCAGCAGGCGGACCCAUUUUACUCCUCGUCCUCAUUUUAGUCCUUGUCCUCAUUUUCGGUCCCACGUUCUCGCCUGUUCCUCCACUUUUGUGUCCUUUCUUUUUUUGCAUUUGAAAACAUUUAUGUACAGUUCCGUGGUCUGGCCAAGUCAAGGGGGGAAGCCGUCAAGCUCAGCCCUUUAGGUGUGCGUGCGUGUGCAUGUGCGAGAGUGUAUGCAUGAAUUUGCCUGUUCUUCUACGUUUGUAUGUGACACACCUUUGCCUUACAGGUAACCACACUGCAGCAGGCUAGGAGCCAAAGGAGAAAUGUGUUUUAAAAACAAAAAAGUAGAAGCAAACGUGGUGUAUUAUAUUACUAAGCCUUACACACACACAUCAGCUGGAGGAGAGAAAUGGGGAAAAUCUGAAGAGGGAUGUGCAGUAUUCUCGCCGCCCUGCCUUAAUUCAUAGAUUUUCAGUGGAUUAUAUUUCUAGGUCAUUGUAAGCAUGUCUGGAGAGAGCGAGGAGGUCUAGAGGGCAUAUAUGUCUGGUACACUGCGCCUGUUCCUCUUCCUCCUUUUCUUUUACCCUCACGAUAGCGUCACACUUCGUUUCCUUUCUCUUCUGCCACUGUCGCAUGUCGGAUCUCUGCUGCAUGCCGGUCCCUUGUCCUCCUUCGUCCAAGACAUCAUCGCUCAUCUCAAACAGUUUCCUCCGAAAUAAUGAGCACACUGUACCUACACGCGCCCCCACGUGGCCAUGAAGGGUAACAGCAGCAGUCGUUUAGUUUUUAUUUAUGAUGUCUUGCCACUCCUCUCUGUUGCAUUGUGCUCGUGCGUUUGCUGCCAUGCUGGGUGUUAUGCAAAACUUAAGUAAGAAUGUCCUGUAGUCAAAUUAUGAUAUGAAGGUUUUUUACCUUUCCCUGUGUUGCAUUAAUCCAUGAGUUUGUUUUCUGUAUUCUAAAAUUAUUGAUGGCACUCACUGUUUAUGUAUGGAUGUAACUUAAAAAAUCUUUUGAUAUGUAUUCUACAGAGAAGGGUUGUAAAUAUGGUCUGUUGUCAUGUUGGACACUUGAAUCAGCGAUGCCACAAUCAAAUCAGUGCGAAUGUUGGAACUGAUUUGUCCAUCAUGUCCUCCAGCGGAAGAUUGUAGCUCAUUAUGGAUGAACCUCUUUUCUGCAUUUCUAACAUCUGAAGUCCUCUUUUUUCCAAAGCAUAUCUGUCGUCGUUGCAUCGCGAGUGACCGGACUCGUGAAGUCUUGAAUGUCAGAUUCCGAAGCAUUUUUGUAUGUUGUUUAUACAGUUUAUUUUCAUACACAUCACACAUCUGCCAACAUUUAUAGAUUCUGUAUUUUUGAUGAUUUAUCAGUUCGGCUGGAGGAGUCUGGAGUUUUUCUCACUCAAACCUCCGCAAGUGAUUUUUUGACCCGCUGUGGCUCAACAUCCUGACCUCAGUUGUUUUCAAGGAAAGGCCUUUGUACUUGUUAUGCAGUGUCACUGUACUUUAAUGACGUGAUGGGGAGCCCUUUGUAGUCAUUCUUCACACACUGUUUUUUUUUUUAGGUAGAUCCUCCGCAGCUCAGUUUUUUCACUUCUUGUCAUUUUUGUGUUGUCCAUUGUGGAAAUUUCUUUUGCUACUUUUGUAUCCCAGAGAGAAGAACUGUAUUUUAACUCCAUUAGAAUGUGUGUUUAAGUUUGUAACCAAAAUGAGAGCAUACGUAUAUGAUUUAUUAGAGAUUUACCAAUAGGUCUACACACUGCACUUUGUUCUAGAAGAGAUCCGUUUCCCCCUGAAAACAAGGUCUACUGUCCGUCGACUGGGGUUUAUAUUAUUCCUCACAAGUUAUUUUUCUAAGAAGAUUGUUGUGGGGGAGAGAGAGGGAAAGAGAAAAAGUGACCAAAUGACUUGACAUGGAAUGGGUUUAUCACACCAGCCUUCUAACUGCUGAUCAGAAUGUCAAACUGCUUUUCUAAGUCCAUCAGCACAAGAGCAGGUGCUCGUCCCGUAACUCCUGAGCUUGGCAAAGGUCUGAAACAUUGACUUCGGUGCUCUGAGCAGCACGCUUCAUAUCAUACCCUCAGUACAGCACUGUUUGUAUUACUAAACAGGUUUUGAGAUAUUACUUUUUUUGUGCGGGGGGGUGGG